UAUUGUAAAUAGUGCUGCUAUAAACAUAGGGGUGCAGGUGCCCUUUGGAAUUAAUGUUUCUGUGUCCUUUAGGUAAAUACCUAGGAGUGGAAAUAAUGGAUCUAUGGAAGCUCCAUCUUUAGCAGGUUGAGGAAUCUCCACACAGCUCUCCAUGGUUGCUGUCAAGUUUACUUUAACCUUAACCGAAAAUUCUGAUCCGUGCAGCUGCAGGAAGUGAAAUAUUAAUUCAGAAGAAGAGUCUCUGAAGAAUACAAUUGAUUUCACCAUGCGGUUAGGAAAACCGAAGGGAGCUAUUUCUAGGCGCUCAAGCCAAGGAAAACCUUAUGGGAAUCAGGUCAAAACAGGGCGCCAGCGGCAAAAAUGGGGAAUGACUGUUCGAUUUGACUCGAGCUUGAGCAGACUGAGAAGAAGUUUGGAUGAGAAGCCUUAUAAGUGUAUUGAAUGUGAGAAGAGUUUCAGUCAGAGCUCAACUCUUUUUCAACACCAGAAGAUCCAUACUGGAAAGAAAUCCCAUAAAUGUGCUGAUUGUGGGAAAAGUUUCUUUCAGAGUUCUAAUCUCAUUCAACACCGUCGGAUCCAUACUGGGGAAAAACCCUAUAAAUGUGAUGAGUGCGGAGAAAGGUUUAAACAGAGCUCAAAUCUCAUUCAGCACCAGAGAAUUCAUACUGGAGAAAAACCCUAUCAGUGUGAUGAGUGUGGCCGAUGCUUCAGCCAAAGUUCCCACCUUAUUCAGCAUCAGAGAACCCACACAGGGGAGAAGCCCUACCAGUGCAGUGAAUGUGGCAAAUGUUUUAGUCAGAGCUCUCACCUUAGGCAACACACAAAGGUGCACAAAGAAGAGAAACCUCGUAAAACCCGGGGCAAAAAUAUUAGGGCAAAAACUCAUUUAGUGUCGUCAUGGAAAGCUGGUACAGGAAGGAAGUCAGUGGCUGGCCUCCGUUAAGUAAAGGGCACUGCUUUGAUCCUCCUAAAGAAAAACAACAACGUAAAAAAUAAAAGCAAUCUCUGAAAAUACUUUAUAGUAGAACACUUAAAUACUGUGUCCUUUCGUAGCAUGCAAACUUGGCAAGUUUAAUGACAUUGGACUGAAAAGAAUUACAUGAGUCCGACUGUUACCAUUUCUUUUUUAUAUACCAUGGAGUACAAACAACUAAAAAUAUGUUUGAGAAAAUGUAAAAUCUUGACCUCCUUUGAAGUUGUUUCCUGCCAUCAUUUUGAGAAACAAUCAUGUUUGGAUGACACACGUGUAACGAUGUAGUAAUACCAAUGACUGGCUUAGAUUUGGGACUGUGGGAGGCUUAAUUAGGGAGAAGAAAUUAAUUCCAUUAGUUUUUGGAACUCUGCAGCAGAUGAGAUUGUAUGUUUGUAAAGUUUUGUAGAAUAUUAACCAUUGGUUUCUGAGUAAGACUCAAGAUUCAAGGUACUAAAAUGUACUCAUGUUAAUGAGUAAUCAUGUAUGCAGAUUUUAUAAUCAAGGCCCACCACUGUUAGCUUUCUUUUGUUUCUUCCCUUCUGUUUAUGGGUAGUUAUUAACAUAGUAGAAUUUGAGGUUUUCACCAAAGUGUUUGGGAAACUGGAUGCCAAAGUGAGAACUGAAUUAACACCACUAGUUCUGUUUUUUGUAAUGAUGUUAUGAUGUGUCACUUGUUUUCCAGCAGCUGGGAUGGAUUAUGUUACUCCAGCCCCUGCUUUUACCUUUGUUUGUGCUCUGACAAACUCACUUAGCCUCUUAGAUCUAUGUGAAUAAAUAAUUAAACCCUAUUUUACCUAAGUAGUCUCAACUUGCUAAUUAAAAAUCCACAAUUUACAUGUUUCCCCGCCUUCCCUUUUGAGACCUUUAGGUAACCAUGGUUAUUGAAAACAAAGGUUUGUCAACAGCAAGUCAUUUAAGUCAAGUUCAGUGCAUUGCAGUUCCUUUGACAUUUUCCUUAACUUUUUCUCAGUUUUAUAAAUUAUGAAAUCAAGCAGACAUGUUUCUUAACUUCCUUCAGAACAGUGCCAGGUGUCAUUCUGAUCAACCUCCAGCUCAGGUUUUAUUGCUGUUAAAUGUUAAUGUUCUGCCCUUUUGGUAUCUAUGUUUAAAUCAUACCAGUUCCUGCUAUAUUAAUUACAUCCAUAAAAUUUUAUCCAUAAAAUUUAAAAAAUGUAAUAUUUUGUAUACUACUGCUUUCUCUUUAUUUUUCUGCCAGAAAAUUGUCUUAAUGAUUAGGGUAACAUCACAAAUCACAGUUUUUGGAAGACUGACUGUUUUUACCUGCAUUUUGAACUUUGCCUCCCUCCUACAUUUGAGUGCAUUCUUAUGGAACAUGACCUUGAUGGCAGGUUCGUCCAACAGAUUCACCAUUUUGUGAGAAUGAAGUGAGGUGAUUGCUGUUACUUUUACAAAAGAUUUGAACUUUGAUCUCUUGGGUCCAAAUUAUUUGUAGCAGAGGCGUGGCUAUGGGAUCAUUUAGAGGAUCUACCUAUCAGUGUUCUUUAUCACAGCUUGGGUCUGUAGUAGUUUCUGACUGGAACCAACACCACUUUUAAAUUUAAUGAAUUCACCAAUUUUGGCAGUAAUCACAGGGUCUUGCAACAGAAAAACCUCUGUAUAUUGUUGAUUUCAUGAUUAACAUUUUGAUUCUAAAUAGACUUUCAUAUUUUCUGUAAAAAUAAAGCAAAUACUCUGUACUUUAGUGUAUUUUCAGUUUGUGGUUUACAUUUCUUCCUAGAGCCAUGAAACCAGAGCAAAUAGGUCACUAACAUUUACGGUCACCUACAUUAGUAAUUAACAUGGUGUUGCAGACUUUUAUGGGCAGCUUAGGCGAGAGAGAAAUUGUAACUGCUUUAAAUUAAUGAAUUAAAGGAUAUGUUCCACUAUAAGAACAAGUAGUGUUACAACAAGUAGUGUUCUAGUAGUAGAGGAAAA